ACAUUGAAAAAUAAAAUGGGCUCUUUUGAUGAAAUUCAACAAAGAGCAAAUAAAUUAACUGCUGACCUCCGUUUUGGUGAUCCAGCUGAAUUACGUUCAUCUCAAUUUUCUGGCAGUAAUGUUUAUUCAACUCCAGCAUUUAUCGAGACAAGUUUAGAUGAUAUUUUUAAAAGAAGUGAAGAAAUUUGGAAUAAAAAACAAACAUUAAAACCAAUUGUUGGAAUGAAUGCAACUUUGAGAACAAUUAAAGAUCAAAAUCAACUGAACAGUACUCGACUUAAUAUUCAACAAGGGAAAGAAUUGGCAGCGGAGAAGAAGCAACAAAUUGUUUACGAUGAUCUAGGCUCAGAUCAAACUCAAAGCGAUGAAGUUGACAAACUUGUACAAAGGGCCUUUGAAAGAGCACGAAUAGCAACUGAACGUUCAUUUCUUAAUCAACAAGUAUUGGAACGAACAAGUGGAGGUAUUUCCUCAACAUCUGAUUUAUUCUCACCAAGAAGAGGAAAACAAAUAGGCAAAGAGAAUACUUUAGAAGGAAAAUCAUUGUUUACUAAAAAAGUUAAAAGUAUUGGGAAUUUACCAAGUGCUCCGCUUGCACAUGAACAAGAAUUAUUUGCUAAGGAGCUAGACAAAGCACUCUAUCAGGAUAGCAACUCCCAAUUACGCCCAAUAAUUAAUAAAGCUAUUGAAAAAUUAAAUUCUCGUGAAGCAAAUUAUAUUUGGUCAAAAGUAUUUGCUAUUUUACCUGAAUCACGGAUGUCUAGAGCCAAUCAAAAUGUUAGGGAAUUGCGUUCGGAAAAGCGUUGGCUUGACAAUUUAAUUAAUUCUGGAUCAAAGUACUUGCAGGACGAAUUUAAAUCAUACAUGGAAAAUACUGUUGAAGGAAAUUUAUCAACUGCUUCCCGUGGAGGAGUUCCAGGAACGCUUUCUCUUAUUGAGGCCUUUUUGAAGGAUGGUCUUCAUGGUUCUCAUCCUAAAUGGGCUGUCCUCUUUUACUGCCUUCGCAUUGGCGAUAUUGCUGGAGCUUCUAAAGUAGCUGAUGGAUUGGCAAAUAAUGCUCAAUGUUCCGCUCUAGUUGGUGUUCUGUCGAAUUUACCGAAACUGACCAGUAUUGAUGAGGAAAGAAGAAUAAAAAUUCGUGCAGAAUGGAAACAAAAUUCUCAAACUUGUACUGAUGAUUACAAAAGUGCUGUUUAUGGUUUAUUUCUAGGCUUUGAUUGCCCAACUGUUAACACAACAAUUGAGGAUUGGCUUUGGGCUAGAUUAAUUUCUUGUAAAUGGGCACAGGAAUCAACACGUGCUUUUAGACAAUUACAAACUACUAUUUGUGCUCAACAUGGUGAACGUUAUUUUGUUGUCGAAGGAGGUAGUCAUCUUCUUUAUUUUGCUGUUCUUCUUCUAACUGGUCAAAUUGAACGUGCAAUUUUUAUUUUACACAAAUCUGCUGAAUAUUCAGUUCACGCUGUUCAUAUAGGAUUGUUAGCUCAACAAAUUGGUGUUUUAUUGUGUACUGAUAGUGUUUCGAGUGCUGAUAUUUUAGUUCAAGACGUGCAUGAACCAAGUAUUUGUCAACUUAAUUUGGCUCGUUUGGUUUUGUUAUAUGUUAAAGAAUUUGAAUUGACCAAUACUGCUUAUGCUCUAAAUUAUUGUUUUUUCUUACGCGACUUUCAGUUGGAAAAUUUAAUUGACGGAAAUGUUUCCACCGCUACUGGUAGAUCUGUAUUUGAUGCCUGUGUCAGUCGAUUGGUAUUUCUAAACAAAGAUGAGCGCGACACCAUCCUUGGACAUUUUAAUCAACAAGAUGAACGCAUGCCUGGUUUAAUCGACAAAUUUUCUGGAAGUUUAAAUGUUAAAGAUGUAAUUGGUCGUGUUGCCUUUGAUAUUAGUAUUGAAGGAGAUCCUUUGUGUGCUUGUCAACUUUAUGCUCUUUCUGAUCGUUCAGAUGAUGCUAUUCAACUUGCUUCUACUCAACUUUCAAAAUAUAUUUCUAAUCCAUCUACUGAACAAGCAAUUCAAUCAGUUAAAUGUGCCGAAUGGUUAGCACGCCGAUAUGGAAUAGAUUCUACCAGAGAAAGCUUUUUAUACCAAACUUUAUGCCGUCUUCUAGAAUUGUACACAUUUUUCUUUGAUGCUGAAGCAGGCAAACAUCGUGAAGCAAUUGAAUUAUUACUUCAUCGAAUGAAAUUUAUUCCAACUGAUCCUGAAGAUGUUUCGGCUGCUGUAGACCAAUUUCAUAUGGUGGCGGAUGAGAUUCGCCCACUUCUCCCAGAUAUUUGCUCUCAAUUAAUGCGUUCAAUUGUGAGUGCACACGAAUCAGCACCUAGAGGCUCACCGGAAACUUUAUUACUUAAACAAUAUGCAAAAGCAUUGAUUCUUUACACAGCACAAAUACCUUUUCGUUUUCCUGUUUCAACAAAUUCACUUUUGCUUCAACUUCGAUCUCGAAUUGUUUGA